UAGAAAGGCAAAUUCAGAGAUUCCGUGCGUGAGGAGUGCAUGAUAGAUGAGUGCGACGAAUGAUCGAUCACCGGAUACAGAUGAAAUGCUACACAGCACACGCAUCGUUUUCCAGCUCAAGCUACUAGGUGGCAGACACGUCCGCUCGCUUCCCGUAAUUAACCCCGUUUCGAUCGAUCACUCUACGGAUCAGCUGCCUCCUGCGUGGCGCUUCUUCCAUGUAUCCUAUGUCAGCCAUGAAUUUGUUCACGUUGUCACACCCUCUCUAGAAAAGUUCAUAAUCUUCGACAGGGAAACCGCUUGCCGAAGCAAGUGUGUGCAGCGACCCUUCGCUGAAUAUUGGAAUGAAGAAGUAGAUCACGGACCGGGCUUCGCUGUACAUGUUACUGAUGCCCGUAUAAUUACCUUCCAAAGAAAGCAUGUUCCUUAGCACAUCUCCCUCUCUCUUUAAUUAGUCUGGCCGGCUGUAUGAUUGUGAACUCUUGAUAGUGCUGACCACUACGCAUCUCCAGCUAGCAUUAACUAGGCUAGCGUGGUGCUCAACGGCGACGACUAACUAACAAGCACCGGCCGCGGCCGGGGAGGCGGGCCGGAACCGCCCGCGGCGAUAUGUUGGAGCUGUCUGUGAAGCGGGUGGCGCGGCUGGCGAUGGCGAUCACCGGGCGGCUGGAGAAGGCCGGAAUGGUGCUACUCCUCACCGUGAUGGCGGCCUCCGCCGUCGCCGCCGUGCUGUUGCUGCUCGCCUGCCCCGCGUCGCCCCGCUGCUCGGUGGCCUUCGGGUCCGCCCUGUCCGCGCCUAAGAAGCUCUGGGGUUUUGGCUUCUCCGUCGCGCCAGAGUCGUCGGCGUUGGAUUCCGGCGAGUGCGACAUCUUCGACGGAGAGUGGGUGUGGGACGACAGCUACCCGCUCUACGAGUCCAGGGACUGCCCGUUCGUGGACACCGCGUUCCGUUGCUCGGAGAACGGCCGCCAGGACACGUCCUACGCUAAAUGGCGGUGGCAGCCGUCGCACUGCGAUCUUCCCAGAUUUGAUGCUAAAAGUAUGCUCGAGAGGUUACGAAACAAAAGAGUGGUAUUCGCUGGUGAUUCAAUUGGCAGGAACCAAUGGGAAUCCCUGCUUUGUAUGCUCGCUACUGGUGUUUCAAAUAAGAGCUCUAUCUACGAAAUUAAUGGCAAUCCCAUCACAAAGCACAAGGGUUUCUUGAUAUUCAAGUUUACAGACUACAAUUGCACUGUGGAGUAUUACAGAUCUCCUUUUCUAGUCCCUCAAGGUCAUGCACCAGCUGGAACCCCCAUUAUUCUUAAUAGUACAAUCAGGGUGGAUGUCAUGGAUUGGAUGUCGGAGUAUAACCGGGGUAAGUGGAGUGACGCUGAUCUCUUAAUCUUCAACUCGGGGCAUUGGUGGUUAUACGGUAAAACAAUCGGAAGCGGUAACUAUUUUCAAGAAGGGGAUGAGGUGAAGAUGAACAUGACUGUCAGUGAUGCUUACAUAAGGUCAAUACAGACACUGUCCGACUGGCUUCACAGAGAAAUUAACACGAGCAAGACGCAUGCCAUUUUCCGUACAUAUUCUCCCACGCACUUCAGCGGCGGUGACUGGAGUACCGGAGGGACUUGUCAGUUGGAUAACCUUCCGGAUAUGACGCCGUUUAAAUCGUUGGAGCAAUGGGCUGACAUGCUUAAACCCGUGAACGAUGUUCUAGGCAGCAACUUCAGGCCCAAGCUGUCUGGGUUAGAAAUAUUGAAUGUAACGAGGAUGACGGCCCAACGAAGGGACGGUCACCCCUCAUUGUUCAUCAGUCCUUCAGAUUCAAGUCAAAAUCUCAGCAGAACACCGAUAAAAACAGAAGUGGAGGAUUGCAGCCACUGGUGCUUGCCGGGUGUCCCUGACACCUGGAAUGAACUUCUAUACGCCCUCUUGAUGAAACCACAAAUAACGUGAAGUGAACAUUGAACAUAGCCACGCAAAGCAUAGUGCAUAUAUAUCUAGUUGGCGCUUUCUUGUUGAUGAGGAGAUCUAAUGCAGUAGGUUAUGCUGACAAACAGUAGUUGUUGAUGGAAAUGGGGGCAGUGGCCGAGGCAGUGGAUCGAGUAGCAGUUAAGGGCGCGUUUGGUUACCUGCAUC